GUUCGCCGCGACGAACCGCGCGCGCAGACCGAGUUAACAAAAUGGGGAAAUAUGCACAAAACGCGAGUUAUUUCUGUGUUUCCGAAACAAAGCAUGAUUUUGAGCAGUUAAUGAAAGUGUACAGUUUAGAGGCGCAAAAACAUAAUACAAAGGUAUGGUCCAAGGAAAGUGUUGCCGAUUACAUAAAACACGUAACUUCUGAAGAUGUGGAUGAACGGGUUCGACAUGCGGAAUACAGCGUGGUAAUCGAAGAUGCUGGCCUUCGUCAACGCAAGCUAUUCGAAAAUGGCUUGGAAGUCGUGCCUUGGGAAGAAUGUUUCGAUAUAAUUUUGACGGUACACAGGGAACUAGGUCACAGAAACGAAUGGUAUGAGACCUUCAAGGAAGUAUCCAAACGGUAUGUGAUUGAUGAGGUAUGCAUCAAAAAUUUAGUAAAAGCAUGUAACAUAUGCAGUCGCUAUUCAUGGGGGCGGGGUGUUCCAAAACGAGAAUUUAACAAGAUAUGUGAAGUAUUCACGAUGUCUAUAUCCUUUGCACAAGAUCCACCAUACAAAAACGCACUUGUAGUUAUAGAUAAGCUGACUCGAUUCGUACAUAUACGGCCGAUAACCGGUGUGGAUAUGAAAUCUAUUGCUGUUGAACUAAUUAAAAUAUUCGCUAACUUCGGCGCUCCACGGAGACUAGAGACAAAAGAAGUGACGUAUUAUAUAGAUAUAUGUGCUUACAUUAACGAAAUACUAGGAUCGGAAACACAAGUCGUGAGAACGCCUCAUGCCACAGAAAUGAAAGAUUGGCAGUAUAGGAUAAAUAUAAUUAUGAAAGAAUGGCUAGAAGUGACGGGUAGCACAAGGUGGUCAAUUGGCUGUCAUUUUAUCCAAUGGCAAAUGAACAACACCUCCAUGUCUACCAAUAAAACACCUUUCAGUUACGUUUUCGGAAGCAUAGGGGAGAAAAAAUCGACCAAAUUGGACAAAACAAAGAAACCUCAGAAACCAGAAAAUAAAUCUUACAUAAGAAAAGAAAAAGUCUCAGUAACAAAACUGAAGGGGGAAAGUAUUUUACUGGUUCACAAAAACGCUAUUCAAAAACGAAAAAGUGAAGUAGAAGUCAACGAAGAAACGCAGAGUGUCAUCAAAUCACAGAACAUCUAGCUAGAUCAAAUUGUAUCCACACCAAAGUUUCAGAAUGUAAUACUUUUCCUUAAAAUACCUCCUUUUUUAAAGGAGAUUUUUGCUUUAUCCAUUUUUUCCAUAUUAGACUUCCAAGUAAUGAAUAAAAUACAGUGCAGUAAGGAGAAAAUGAGUAAGAUGUGACCUAAUAAAUAAAAAAACGACGGCUUGUACUCCGGGAGUGUGGGCAGAAGUGAAAACUUGAAUAUUAACGUUGUGCAUUUUUGAUAUAUUGGAAUGGUUAGGGAAUACUUUUGCACGAAUUGCUUUAAUUAUCAGUAUAAAAGUACUAUCAUUUAUGUGGCAGAAUAUAAUAUUUAUUUAUUGCGCUAUCGUUUACAAUCAUUAUAAUUUAUAUUACAUUAAAAAGUUUAUCUCUCAGAAAUAUCAACUUACAUGAAUCAUAUUUAAGCGCACCUAGCGACAUCUAUUGUAAAAAAUGCAUUUUCUUCGCAAUAAAGCUGCCUAUUAGAGACAUACGGUAAAAUAAAAUAUUACUAUGUUUCGUCCAAUAUAUUAAUUAUUUUAUUGUUUUCGUCUUACGAAUUUUGACCUAACCUGAUUAGGGCGUCAGGACUGUCGCGAUCAGGCCACGUGUCCUGACGCGAGUUUAACAGUUUUUUUACCCAUUACAAAAAAAGUGUACAACGCCGCUAAAGAAGUUUUCACUUCAAAAACGAUUUGACCACGUAUAUUAAAGAAAUUUAAUAAUAAUAAAGAGGGUAGCUGCAACUUUCACCAUUGUUUUUGUACAAGAUUUUUAUACAUCUUUAUUAGUUGUGCCAAAGGUGCAAUGCAGUCAUUUACCGGAAUGACUCAUUGAUCCUAGGACUGAACAAGGUUUUUCGGCAAACCCCGAAUUAAAUUCCAAUUUCGGCCUUUGACUAAGGUACAUAUUUUAAGUCAAAACUAGAAGUACUCACCUAACUUUCUAGUCAAAUCGUAACUAUAAAGUAAUCUGUGGUCAAACGUCGAAAGUAAAAUAAAGCCUUUUUUACUGAACGUAUCGACCCCUAAUGUAUAACUUCUUUAAUUCUCGUACGCGCAAAACAUACGAGUAAGACACUGUUAUUGU